AUGGCGGAUCCAAUUGUCACUUCAGAAGGCCUUAGUGAGUAUGAUGGUGGUGACAUUGAUAAAGAAAAUUUGAAUGUUUAUGAUAUUGGUCAAUUCAUACAGCAUCAGCAAGAAUUCUUUGAACAACAAGAACAAAACUUUAAAAAACAACAACAAUUAUCCUCACAAUAUCAGCAGCAACUUUUACAACAACAACUACAAUUUUUAGAACAACAACAAAAACUACAACCCUUAGAAGAAAAAAAACAAAUGAAAAAACUCACACAACAAUUACAACAAUUGCAACAGCUCUUGCAACAACAACAACAUUUACAACAACAACAGCAACAAACACUACAACAACAGCAACAACAAGAACAAAUUUUACAAGAACAGCAACAAACCUCACAAAAGCAACUUUUAGAAGUUUUAGAACAACAGCAGCAACUCUUACAACAACAAUUACAACAACCUCCACAAAAACAGCAACAAUAUUUACAACAACAGCAAAAAUUAUUAGAACAACAGCAACAAUUAACACAACAGCAGCAGCAACUCUCACAACAACAACAACAGAAACAACCCUUACAACAACAGCAAGAAUUCUUGCAACAACAAAAAUUCUUACAACAACAGCAAGAGCAUUUACAACAACAGCAAGAACUCUUACAACAACUGGAACAAUUCAUACAGCAGCAGCAACAACAGCAACUCUUAGAAUGUCAACAAAAACCCACUCAACACCAGCAGCAUCCCUCAGAACUCUUAGAACAACAUCAACUCUUAGAAUGUCAACAAAAACCCACUCAACACCAGCAACAUCCCUCAGAACUCUUAGAACAACAUCAACAGCUCCUACAAAAACAGCAAAACUUUACACAACAUCAGCAACAACUCUUGAAGAAUCAGCAAAAAUUCACACAAUUGCAAUUAUUACAACAAUUUGUGCAAGGACAAGUUACAAUACCAACGAACCAUUUUGAUUUUGGGAAGCUUUCAAUAAUUAGUAAAGAUGAUUAUACUAAUAUUUUAAAAGAUCAGGAGGAAUUAAAAAGUGAAAUCAAAAAAUUGGUGAAUAAAAACAACGAAUCAGAAAGCAAAUCCAACAAGAUAAUCCAUGAAUUGAAAAUUACAUACAAUGACUUGGCUAGUAAACACAAUGAAUUAACAAGUAAAAAUAAAGAAUUGAUUGAAAAAGAUAAAUUAGAAAGAAAAAACAAUCAAACAAUCAAUGAAUUGAGAAAUAAAAUCCAAAAACAAGAACAAACAAUUAGUAGAUUUAGUAAUGAAAAUGAUGGAAACAACGAUCAAGCAAUCAAUGAAUUGAGAGAUGAAGUUAAUAAAUUGAAAAGUGAAAACAAUGAAUUGAAAAAUAAAAACAAUAAAACAAUCAGUAAAAAAAAUAAUACCAUCAAUAAAUUGAAUAACGAAAACAAUAAAUUGAGAAGUGAACUCAAGAAAUUGAAAAGUAAAGUAGUGAAUUGA